AGGGACCGUUGUUGGUUGGAUCAAGGCGUGAAAGUUGAGUAACCACCUUGGAAACUUCUGCGGCAAAGUACGAUCCAUGAUCGUUGAUGUGGAUGAAUUUGCGGUUAACGAUGGAUACUCUGCAGUCCAAAGAGUACUUGACGUAUCUGCCACAGGAAAUUAAGGAGCACAUAUUUCGCCAUCUGACAGCUACAGAUCUCUGUCACGUGGCAUUAUGUAAUCGAAUCUUGAGAGAGGCUGCCAAUCGAGAUACAAUAUGGCGCCCUCUUUGUCGAAAGAAAGGAUGGGAACGCUACGGCACAAUCUGCGAUCUUUGCAAGGAGCCUCCUUUUGAACCUACCUCACAAGAUGAAAAGACGGGCGUAGGGGGCGUUCCCACAUUCCCUGGUGAUGCAGUUGUAACCGGUUCAGACUGGCCAGGACUGGUUGAUACAUGUAAAUGGAAGGAGGUUUACAUGAAAGCAUGCCACCUGGAAGAAAACUGGAGGAACCAUCGCUUCUACACCACGUCAUUGGCUUUGUGGUCAAGUGGUGGAGACAGUAUGGCUUGUGAGGGAGAAUGUCUAGCUGUCGGCUCAGAUGACGGUACUUUGGAGAUCUGGGAUUUGGCCGGCGCGAAACGUCAUCCCCGCAUUGAACACGAAAUUAGCCUGAUUGACACUUCCGACACUUUGAAGAUGAAGGACGGCAUCAUAGCUGCAGGAUGCAGCGACGGUAAGAUUCGUACCUACUCCGCCCAGACUGGAAAGCAGCUGCAAGUCAUGUCGGGGCAUCGUCUGGCCGUGUCUCGUCUCUUCCUUGACGGAGACUCAGUUGUUAGUGUUGCUCAUCCACAGUUUCCAGUUUAUGAAGUAUACGAGGACAGUGACAUACGGGUCUGGAGUGCUGCAAACGGUGCCUCUCUCUGUAUCCUACAGAGUGGCCACGAAGCGACAAGAUUGCUUCACCUGGACUACAAGGACAAGAUCGUAGCUGGUGCGUACAGCGACAACAAAAUUUGUAUAUGGGAUGCACGCAAUGGUUCUUGCAUGCAACAAAUUGUUUGUGACAUGGAACACCUGGCUUCCUGCAAUUUAGGAGAUGGUAUCGUCAUCGGCACAUUCAAAGAUUUCCUUGUGAAGAUAUGGGAACUUCAAUAUGGGGAAUGCAUCAAGACAUUUGAUUUACAUCCUUUUCAAGGGAUCCAGCCGAGUGAAAUCCCUUUCGACGGCCACGAUGAAGAGGCACACUACAAGUUCAUUGACGGUUUGCUUGUUGUAGUUACACUACUUCAUGGAUUUUACAUUGUGAAUUUGGACGGGCAGCGACUCUUGAGAGACUCUCGUCGCCAUGUGAAACCUGUCUGUUUGAAGGGCAACAAGCUGCUUAUAUGGAGCCGUGAAACAUGUAGAUACGAGCUGUGGACGAUUGACCCCGUGCGCAUGGAUGAUAGGUACGAGGUACAAGGCAGUUCCAAGACUAAAGCAUCAUCACAACAUCGUAAAGAAACGCAACGGCCACGUGCUUGGAUGAGCGAUACCAAACUCAUCUUUCAGGGGCGGUUAAUAUCGAACAGCCCAGCUACCUACAUUUCCGUCCAUCACUACUGGUGAAAGAAUCAGAACGUUCAAUGUCAGAUUGAUGGUUGUCUGAUGAUGACAUACGUGAUGUUGAUAGAGAUGUACACCUUGGCGUUUGUGAUGGCGGCUAUGACAUUUUAUUUUAUGUCUUCUUCUAAACCAACCGCUUGCAUAACCACGUCCAUUUUGGUCGUUUGGAAAAAUGAGCAUGGCAGACGUUUGUGUACAAUAUAACACACGAGUUGAGACUUGAAUAUACAGACAACAGUCCACCUGUUAGGAUGCAAAGGAGACCUUUGCAGUAUAUGCAACGCACGUGCCUUUGUUUACUAUCUUUAUAACUAAUGAUAUUAAGAGUGACGGUGGUAUGUUGAUGAUGCUGCAGAUGAUGUUUUUAUUGUAUAAUCUUAUUCAUGUAUGCAGCAUAAUGACUAUACAUAUAGAUACAUUGAAGAACUAUUCAUACAACUUCGGCCUGUUGGAUCUAAAAUCGAAAAUAUUGCAUUGAAUAAAAUAAAGGGCAUGGAUGCAUGAAAGCUGGACAAUGUAAAUAAACGACACUUGAGCAUCGCAAAUGUUACUUUCAGGCAUAGAUUUGGAAUCAGGGGAAACAUGUCAAAAACUAAACAACACUAAAUAUGUACCCCAAGGCGUGGCCUCAGUUAUCAGUUAUUUUUGUUUUCGUUUUCAGUAAUCAGCGAUUGUACAACUUCUUACUCAUAUUAUGCAAGGCGUGAUUUUAUCUCAUGAGUACUGUCAUAUCAUAUAAUCUAAAAACGAACCCUACUCGGACAACAAUUUCUCCAUCAUUGUUAUGCACCGUGUGAUGUGUAAAAUUGACUUUCUGUGAUCUUAUAGAGAGGGCACCCUUGAUACAGGGCAAACGUUCACAGUUGAGAAAGGAAUUUAAAAAAUAUAGUUUAGCAAAAUGCUUACUUGUACUUAAUUGUACCCCUCUAUCUACUGUAAUAGUUCGCAGGUUUCUGUUUCACCGAGAAUAAUUAGUUUAUCUGUACUAACAUUUUACAGGAGGAAUUGCGCUUACAAUUAAAUAGUUUCAAAUAUUUAAUAGUCAAGUCAUUUUCAUUGAUAUCUUUGUCCUUGGUUUGCAACGGUUUGAAGUGUUAUUGGUCCGUCAACAGUGUUCCCCAAAACGAAAGUGACCGAAUUAUUAUGUUUAAACAUCAUGUGGUUCGCUCCAUUUCAUAAAAAUAACAGGGAUGAAGAACUUGUUUAUUGACUAGUAACUGUGAACAUUUCAGGUAAUUUAGAUACUCUAUUCCCAAGUUAUGUCCAUUUUGACAAGGAGAUUACAAAAUUACACUGUCCACUGAUCAUUUAUCGCGCUACGAACCGGAAAGUAGACCCACCACGUAUUAUGAAACAUUGACGUUGUUGCACUUCCACGAACGAACGAAAAUUGCAAAGGAAAACGGACAGAAAUCGCCAUCAAUAUUUCAGGGGAAAAAAAGACAAAAUCUGACAGGAAGAACAGUGUUUCAGUCUUUACUCAAAAUUAUUAAAAUUUCACUUGUAGUUGAAUGACUACUUGAAUCUGUAAUUCUCACACAGUUUGCAAUAGCUCCCAAUAGCAUUCCAUGGACAGCUAUAAAAAUGGUUAUUUUAGUAAAACAUGCACAACGCUGAUAACAUUUCAUUAGAGAUGAGUGGAAGAACAUACUCUUUAAAGACAUACUUUAUUGGUGUGUCAUAAUUGACAACUUAAAAAAAUGAUUAUAAGAAUCAUAAUAAUUCCAGGUCACUUUCUUUUUGACUCAUCCUGUACAACUCGUUCUUGUAAAUUCAGUGUCCCACGUAGAACAAUGGGAAAGUCAAUGCAAAAAAAACCAAUCUAAAUCUAAUGUAUUUUCAACUCCAAAUUAUUUUGUGACGACCUGAAGCCGCGUACCCGAGUUUUUGGAAGUCAAAGUUUACACAAGAAAUCAUGAAGUGUAAAAUAAAAUAUCUGUUUUGCGACCAAUA